CAGACCGUAGUUUCUACACUGAGAACAGGGAAAUAAGUUGUCAGACAGGCUCUCCCUCCACAUCCAGGCUGCCAGCAAGUUAGGUGACAGUCGGGCAAGAGUUCAGACCUCUACCUACAUGGGAAAUUAAAGUUAUGAAGGUCGCUAGUUUGUGUAAAUAGUUCGCUACGGUUAGUUAGUACGGCGUUAGAUAUAGGCGACUACUAGUGUUCAGAUAUCAGAUAAAACUUGGAUCAAAACGGAGCGAAAAGAAAGUGGCUAAACUUGUUAGCUCGCUAGCCAAGCUUUAGCCACAGCCUGCUUUAAGUCUUCAACCCCUAUUUUAGUCGGCUUGGGUUAUCUGUCUUUCUCGCCAUGCCUUUCCCGUUUGGCAAAUCUCAAAAAAGUCCUGCUGAAACUGUGAGGACUUUAAAGGACAAUGUUGCCUACUUAGAAAAACUUGACACUGGAGACACGAAAAAGUCUGAAAAGGUCAGUUGUGAUAUUUCUAAAACCUUGCUUCACUAAAAGAGGUUCCUUUGUGGAACUGGCGACAAGGAGCCCCAAACUGAAGCCGUUGCACAACUUGCCCAGGAAUUAUACAACACCAACCUACUCAUAUCUCUCAUUGAAAACCUCCAUAGGAUCGAUUUUGAGGGGAAGAAGGAUGUGGUACAUUUGUUCAGUAACAUUGUAAGGCGGCAGAUUGGCACCCGCACACCCACGGUAGAAUACAUCUCUUCACAUACACAGAUCCUCUUCAUGCUUUUAAAUGGCUAUGACAGCCCGGAGGUGGCCCUGAACUGUGGGAUGAUGCUGAGAGAGUGUCUGCGUCAUGAACCUUUGGCCAAAACGGUGCUUCUGUCUGAGGAGUUUUAUAACUUCUUCAGAUGUGAGCUCUCCACGUUCGACAUUGCAUCAGAUGCUUUUGCCUCCUUUAAGGAUCUCCUCACAAGACACAAAAUCGUGUGUGCUGAUUUCCUGGAGGAAAACUAUGACAGGGUGUUUACAGAGUACGAAAAGCUGCUCCAUUCAGACAACUAUGUGACCAAACGGCAGUCUUUGAAGCUUCUCGGAGAACUCCUCCUGGACCGACACAACUUCACGGUGAUGACAAAGUACAUCAGCCGAGCAGAAAACCUGAAGCUCAUGAUGAACCUGCUCAGAGACAAUAGCAGGAACAUCCAGUUUGAAGCAUUCCAUGUUUUUAAGGUUUUUGUGGCGAACCCGAACAAGACCCAGCCUGUUCUGGACAUCCUGCUGAAGAACCAGACCAAACUGGUGGAGUUCCUAAGCCACUUCCAGACAGACCGCUCCGAGGACGAGCAGUUCUGUGACGAGAAGAACUACCUGAUCAAACAGAUCCAGUACCUGAAGAAAGCCCCUUCCCCAGAGGAUGCACCUGGAUCCUAGUGUCCUUUGGGUCCUAGUGUCCUUUGGG